AAGAAAAAGGAAAAAUAUAGGCUGAAAGUUUUGUAUAUUCUUUUGCAAAAAAUUUAGACUCUAUGGAAUAAUUUAUUAUUUUUAAGAAUAAAUAAGCAGUUUUUAUUAAAUUUUUAUAGUUAUAUUAAGUUUUCAAAUAAAAAUGGCAGAUCUAGAAGCUGUGUUAGCUGAUGUUAGCUACUUAAUGGCUAUGGAAAAGUCAAAAUGUACACCAGCAGCUAGAGCUAGCAAGAAAAUUGUCCUGCCUGAUCCAAGUGUUCGUAGUGUAAUGCAAAAAUACCUGGAAAAAGAAAAUGAAAUUACAUUCUACAAUAUCUUUAAUCAGGUCUUAGGAUUUCUUUUGUUUAAGGAUUAUUGUGAAAAUGUUUGCGAUGAACCUGUACCACAAUUAAAGUUUUAUGAAGAGAUAAAAAAGUUCGAAAAAACUGAAUGUUAUGAUGAUAGAAAGAAAUUGGCAAAAGAAAUAUAUGACAACUUUAUUAUGAAGGAAAUGCUCUCUCACACCCAUGAAUACUCAAGGGAGGCUGUUACAAAUGUUCAAAAGUAUUUAAUGAAAAACGAGGUCCCUAUAAAUUUAUUUGAACCCUAUAUUGAAGAAAUAUUCAAUCACCUGAAAGGCAAACCAUUUCAGAAAUUUCUUGAAAGCGAAAAAUUUACAAGAUUUUGUCAAUGGAAAAAUUUGGAAUUAAAUAUUCAGUUGUCAAUGAAUGACUUCAGUGUUCAUCGUAUAAUUGGGAGAGGCGGUUUUGGUGAAGUGUACGGUUGUCGGAAGGCAGAUACAGGGAAAAUGUACGCUAUGAAAUGUCUAGACAAGAAACGUAUCAAAAUGAAACAAGGUGAAACACUAGCACUAAAUGAGAGGACGAUGCUAUCUUUGGUUAGCACAGGAAUCGAUUGCCCAUUUAUUGUAUGUAUGACGUACGCAUUUCAUACGCCAGAUAAGCUUUGUUUCAUACUGGAUUUAAUGAAUGGUGGAGAUUUGCAUUAUCAUUUGUCUCAACAUGGUGUUUUCAAUGAAUCCGAAAUGAAGUUUUAUGCUGCCGAGGUAAUAUUGGGAUUGGAACACAUGCACAAAAGAUUCAUUGUUUAUAGAGAUUUAAAGCCUGCGAAUAUAUUAUUGGAUGAAAAUGGUCAUGUCAGAAUAUCAGAUUUAGGACUUGCAUGUGAUUUCUCUAAAAAAAAGCCUCAUGCAUCAGUUGGAACCCAUGGCUAUAUGGCACCAGAGGUAUUGGCUAAAGGCGUGGCUUAUGAUUGUAGUGCAGAUUGGUUUAGUUUCGGUUGUAUGCUCUAUAAAUUAUUGAAAGGACAUUCACCAUUUCGGCAACAUAAAACAAAAGAUAAAAACGAAAUCGACCGUAUGACCUUGACAAUGAAUGUUGAGCUACCCGAUACAUUUAGCGAUGAAUUAAAAAAUCUUUUAGACAGUCUUCUUCAAAGAGAGGUGUCGAGCCGCCUUGGGUGUAAAGGCAGAGGAGCUGAUGAAGUGAAAGAGCAUUCAUUUUUCUACGGUAUUGAUUGGCAUCAAGUUUAUAUCCAAAAAUAUACCCCACCGCUUAUCCCACCAAGAGGUGAAGUAAAUGCUGCUGACGCAUUUGACAUUGGGUCUUUUGAUGAGGAGGAUACAAAAGGAAUUAAAUUAACUGAAGCAGAUCAAGAGUUGUACAAAUAUUUUCCUUUAGUUAUAUCCGAAAGAUGGCAGCAAGAAGUUUCUGAAACUGUUUUUGAAACCGUUAACAUAGAGGCAGAUAAAUUAGAACAAAAGAAAAAGUCAAAACAAAAACAACGUUUUGAUGUUGAUGAAAAGGAAUCAGAUUGCAUACUUCAUGGAUAUAUUAAGAAAUUAGGUGGUGCAUUCGCUUCCAUAUGGCAAACCAGAUAUGCAAAGUUGUAUCCUAAUAGACUUGAAUUGCACACUGAAAGCGGAAGUGCGAAGCCAGAGUUAAUAUUUAUGGAUCAGAUAGAAGAAAUAUCAUCAGAUUUUAUUCAGUAUAAAAAUGAGAAUUGCAUACAAAUCCGAAUGAAAGAGAGUAUACGUGACGGAAGAAUAGUUCUUACAAAUCAGGAUGAAAUUGGUUUAAAGGAGUGGUCAUAUUCAUUACAAUCCGCUCAUAAAACAUCGCAAGAAUUAUUGGGUUCAGUAGCAAAGAAAGCUGGAAAAAUUUAUGGAACUGAAAGGGAUAUGUCCUCAAAAAAUUUAGUUAUUACUAGUGCACAUCUUUCAGCAAAACCAACUAAUGUACCAAACUAGCGGGGCAUAUUAUUAAAAUAUUUAUUAUUGUAAAAUUGUGGGCAAAAAUCAUGUUUAGCUGCAUAAGUAAUUUUACUGUUGUCACUUCCUAUACCUUAUGCAUUUUACGUGUACUUCUCUUAUGCUUUUUUUCUUUUAUUAAUAUUUUUUUAAUGUUUUUAUAUUUAAGUUUAUGUAUAAAUAUAUAUUUUUAUGCUGAUAUCGGA